UUUGAAUAUAAUCAAUGUACAUUCACUGGCGUUUAUUAUAUUUAAUAGAAACAAUAAUCAAUAAUAAUUUGCGCAUAAAGGUGAACAUUUUAACGCGUUGAGUACCAAAUCAUUAUUAAUAAAAUACAAUUAAUAUUUCAUUGAUUCACACUAUUAUUAAUUAAUUGCAAUUGUUGCAUCGUAUAAGAAUAUUAAUUAUAACAUUUCAAAGCUAUGAUGCAGUAUUCUACUAACAGAGUAAUUGUAUAAUAAAAUACAGCUGGGUACAUUUUAAGCAAACAGUAGUGGGAGCAAUGUUAAAAAAUUACAGAGCUUAACAAGCUCUCAGAAUUUAAAUUUUGCCAAACUGAAAAAAUUGCAACGCUCAGAAAUUACAAAAUUGCGAGGUGCAAGCUUUUUAUAUUUAUUAAUAUUUCUUCUCCAAGCAAAUGUACGUAAAAAAAACAUUUCUGAAUAAACUGAUGUAGAGUACCUAUACACUGUGGCCAAAUAUUUUGAUUAAAAAUAUUCUCUGUCGUCUACGAAAUAUUAAUAAAAAAUUAUACUUUUUAAAGAAUUUGAUAAAACGACUAUGAAUUUUUUAUGGUUAACAUGAGAGCUAACAGGGUUUAGUGGAAUGAGUCGUUCGUGGUCAGACAAGCGUGUACUACCUAUAAAUUCGCGUUUUCAUCGAGUUUCGCAUAGCUGUUUUUGCUUAGCGCCGAUUGCGCCAUCAGAAUUAACGAACAGGAGAGCGAUAAUGUUCGUCAGCUGUUUAAUUAAUUUCUUGAAAGAGAAUAAAAAAAUUAUGGUCGCUUCGUACGCGUUUUAAUUUGACGAAAAUAAUUACACCUUGAGCCGAGGGUUUUAAUUAGCGAACGUUAAUCACCGACUACACACCUUGUGUACUUUAGGAAUAAUUCAUACAGGAUGUUUUUAAAUGAGAACGAAGAAGAGGAUGAUGUGUAGAAGAGGGCUCUUUUAAAUUCUAAAAUUGCAAGAUUUAGAGUUUACAGAGUUUAAAAUUUCAAAGUGUUUCGAAGUUACAGAAUUACAAAUUUAGAAUAUUUAAAGAUUAAAGAGUUUGAAAUUUGCAGAGGCUUAAAGUGUCAGUGUCGAGACUUUACGAGGUUGGAUAAUUACAGAGUUUGGUGUUGCAAAACUUUGUAAACCUGGGAUGUUGCUCGUUGAAAAGUUGCAAAAUGAAAAAAUUAUAGAAGUUGAAAGUCGUGCGAAGUAAAAAUUUUGCCAGGUGGCAAAAUAGUUAAAGUAAUGAUUGAAAACUUGUCCAAAUUGCAGAGUACUAAGCUCCAUAUUAUAAACUUAAAACUUUGAAAAUUUAAAAAUUCAUAAAACUUAAAUUUUGCAAAUUUUAUAAAUUGCAAAGCUCAAAACUCAGCAAAACUAAUAUUGCAAAUCCAAAGCACUAUAAUUUGACAAAUUUUUCACUUCCACCUAAAAUCUCUCAAUAUUCACCAUUAAAGCGCAUACUGGGCGAUAAUUUUUUUUUUCUUCCGGAAGCCGCAAAAGUCGCCAAGAAUAUCGCGUCGCAUAAAAUAACAAUCGAUAUCGAUUUAUGCAGAUUCUCGCGGGCCAGAUAUGAUUUAUGCAGAAUUCCCAGUGAGACAGAUUCGCAGUACGCUCAAUUACAAAUAUCCCAGGAUAAAUAACGAAAAAGGACGAAGAAAUAAAAAGAAACGAGAGGGCCAUCGAUUGCUUCUUCCAAUUAACAACAAAUUAAAACGAUUGCUGGACGAACGCGGUCGAAUUGCACUCGUGUUUGCCAGACAUUAGCAUAUUUAUGAAGAGGGAAUAUUCAACGAAAAUGGAUUUAAUCAGUCUUUGACGAGCAAUACAUUUUCUACGCGACACCCACCGUCCACUCGAGUCAAAUUAAUUUGUAAGAAAAUUUUCAAAUUGAAUCAAGUUUCGGAAUUCUUCGUCCCCUAGGAAUGUUAUUCUUGAAAAAAAAAAGUUUUUAUACGAAUUCCAGCGAGCAAAGCAACGCUUUUAUUUGCAUGUCGUUUGAAUUAUUGUCCCGAGGAAAGUUAGAUUAAAAAUUAUGUAAAAGAUAUUUGAGCUCUCUGGAGCAAUAGGUUGGAUUAUGAAGUUUUAUAAUACAAGAUGAAUAUCAUUGCGUUGUGAGAGAUAAAAGAGAACAAGAAAAUUCGAGCGUCUUUGUACGAUCAUUCGGUGGAAUUGAAAGAAAAAUGUGUUGUAAAAGAGAAAUAAUUUUUAAUUAAAGAAUUAUUAUUAUUUUUUUUUAAUGAAUUGGUGGAUUUGGGUUAAAAAUGUGGUGGUUUGUAACUCGUUUAAGAAAAAUUCAAAGAGAUAAAAAAGUAAUUUUCUAAGAUGAACAUGUUAUUCUGGCGUAGUACAUGUGUUCAUAUAUUCAAGUGGCACAUGUCUGAAAAUUAUGCAAAACAUAGGACGUAAGAAUUUUACUUUACUCAUAUUCUCGAGAUUACCUGUCGUCUGUUGAUGUAUAUAUUUGCAUAGACGUAAAGCUUGGUGGUAACUCGAUAAUGUUAUAUGAAAGAUGUUGUAUGACAUAUUAUUUUUCUCUCGUUGAAAUUUUGUUUGAAAUCAAGUGUUUCAGUGCUUUGCAAUUUGUAAUAUUUAUAAAUUCGAUACCUGGGGAUUGGGAAUACCUUGUAAAAUUUGGCAAAAUUUUGGGAUUCUUCAACUUUGCAAAAUACAAUAUUUUCAAGAUUCAAUAUCUUGGGAUACCUAAAGCUUGCAAAAUACAAUAUUUGCAAAAUUCAAGAUUUUGCAAUGUUUAAACCUUGCAACUAGCAAUAUUUGUAAAAAUGAAAACUUACCAAACUCCACACUUUGCAAUAUUCAAACCUUCCAAAUUUCAAUAUUUUCAAAUUCAACACUUUGCAAUACCCAAACCCUUCAAAUUCUAAAACUUGCCAAAAGAAAGUCCAACAAACAAAAGCAUCAAAAGGCUUCGGGAUGAAAAUAUCAGAACACCUGUAAUAAUCAGCCCCAAACACAAAGGUGUUAUAACGAACACGAAGAACCCUGCAAAUAGACGAAACCUUCGGCAAAGAGUUCCGAUCGAUCGGCUCAGAAUGAUGAUUCCUUUGACGACAGCAUUAUUCGUCUGGAAGAUUGAAUCGAGACCGUUCGGAUGCACGGUAUACUCGAUCAAGAUCGAUUUGCUCGAACACCAAGGAAGAACGUCGGCACGCUUGCGGCCGGUCGGUCCUUUAACCACGAAGAGAGGACCUUAAGUGAUUGUCGACCAGCGAUAUGUCCUUUGACCACGACCGGACCAAUCUCGUGAGAAGGAUAUAAUCCGUACAGGCUGGCAUGAUUCGAUUAGAAUCGAUCUUCUGACCCCACCUCGAAGACUGCAUCUUCGAUUACGUUGGCCUUUGAGAAGCUGCCAGACGCUAAUAGAAUGCGAUGCAACUUGCCGGAAAAAAAAAGAAAGAAAAUAAUCUUCGUUGCAGUUGUGUGAGAUUUUAUGUGGCAGUGUUUGAUAGGGUGUCUCCGCCACGGAACGCAGAUGGUGUCCGGUUGGUGGAAAUUAACGUGGUUGGGUGUUCGAUGUCAACCAUCGUGAUUUGUGGUGUUCCUUUAACAAUGACACUCGAUUUCAUCGACGAUAGCUGUGUAAUGGCUGAUCGUGGUUUAAGGGUAGUGUCAAAGAGCAGCAAAUUUUAGAAAUUUCAAAAUUCAAAUUUUAGGGAAAUGAUAUUCUGUGGGCUGAAGGGAUCAGAAUUUAAAAAUUGAAAUAUUCAAACCUUGCAAAAUUCGAUAUUUUGCAGUACCAGCAUUUUUUGAAUAAUAAUAUUUGUGAAAAUUAGCAUUUUACAGUAUUUCAAUCUUGCAAGUUUGAAGUUUUAAUAUUUUGCAAACUGCAAUAUUCGCAAAUUUCAAUAUUUUGCAAUUCUGAAAUCUUGGGAACUACAAUGUUCACACUUUGCAAAGUUUAAAAUUUGCGAAGUUAAAUACCGAAGAUUAAAUGGAACAAAAUUAAUCCAAGAGACACAUCGUAUAAACAUUUCGCACGCGUAUACAUUCUUGAAAUGACGUUUUAAUUUUUAAUUUAAUUAACGAAAUGCAAUUUGUUUGAAUUCUUUUUUUUUUUUUUAUUUUGCUUUAAAACCAAGAUGAUAUCUUUUCCAUCAGGUUAAAGUAUUUUACAUAUAUUUUUCCUCUGGUUUCGCACGAAUCAUUCAUAUUUUAAGGAACUUUUUAAUUGGGUCCAGUUAAUUGUGGCGGUAAUUAAGCAUAUUUAAACUGCGCCAAGCGAAACAGACGCUUAUUAUAGGAGCUAUUAGUUAUGUGACUAUGAGAUUAUCGGAUAUUAUGUGCAAAGGGAGUUCGUCUCUGGUGAAGUUAGCCAAAGUUACACAACUUCGCCAACUACAAGCUUUGAAGUUGUCCAAACCUAUUAAAAUACGACCACACGUUCCCCAGAGGCAGACAUUUUUCGCUGAUCUCGUGGCGAGCUGUUUUAACGAGUUCCUUUAUUCGAUUUUAAUGGCGCAUACGCGAACAAAGAGGUACAUUUUUCAUCCAUCUUAAUGAUUACGAUUAUUAGAAGCAUUAUGAUAUUUUAAAUAUAACAAUUAUAAGAUAUUUCAAGAAAUUAAGUUGAUACCGUUGAUACCUUAAAAAGAUUUCAUUUUUUAACAAUCAAAAUUUACAGAAGAUGAAUUUUUUAAUUGCAAGUAAUUAAAAAAUUAAAGAACUGAACAAAAUUUAUUUUAAAUAAAAUUAGUGUAUGAAAUUUAAUUGCAUUCUGCAAUUUAAAAUAUCAUUUUCGGUCCAUUUUUGUGUAAAUAUUCACUCGCUAGUGGUGGCUCGCCACAGACUUAUAAAUAGGGUGGUUUUCCCGUUACACUGGCGAUCUCCCUGUGGCCACCCAUGGGGGAAGAAAGAGGGGUAUCACCAUUUUCUCUGGGAAAUCUAAUUCGAUCACGAGCGUAUAAAUUGCAUUUGCAUCCAAUGAUGACAACUUCUACCUGAAAACUUCACAAAAGUUAACAUGAUACAAUUUGAUCUUGACGGUUACCCAUCUCGAAGGAUCAAUUUUCCAUCACGAAAACCAUAGAAUUUUCCAACGGAAACGAGCAAUGGCGUACAUGAUACAAGGAUCAAUUUUUCACUGUUACAUCGUCUGAUGAACAGAUUUUUCUUUUCCUCUUCUCCCAUUGCUCCAUCAAUUGCAGGCUGUUCGUAGAAACGCCUGGUAAAUAUAUACAACAAGCUGCGUAAGGAAAGCGAAACUGAAGGGUAGGAAAGGAAAAAGAACGAAGGAAAAAUCGUCGACGGGCAACGACGAAGGGAGAAAAAGGGAAACUCGAGGAAAUGGCCUACAGACUUUUCCACUCACGCUGAUCGUCGACUAGGAUAUUUCUUCAAGAUUUCUGACUCGUUAACGCGUGAAAAUUGCCCAGAAAUCGAUUUCCCACUCGAAACAAGCGUUUGGGUAAAAAUCGAGGAAAAUCAGAAGCGAUCGUGAGACGAUAUGACGGAAAAUCUAAAAAAUUUAUUUAUAUACUUGCAGUAGAAAAAUUUGUUUAUAUUACAAAUGUAUUUCAGUUGCACAUAAACGUGCUUCAAAAAGAUCACCCCAAUUCUCUCACAAUCCGCUCUCUUUUUCUCUCAUCAACUCGUAAACUUAUCCAAUUACUCGGGGCACCCGAAAGUUGUCUAAUUAACAGAGAAACUAAUUGCAUCCAAAAAACAAGUUGCAUAUUGCGUGUGUCGAUGCCUUCUUACGUGUUGAAUAUUCCAACAAUGUGCAUAAUCAACUCUCUAGCUGGAGGAUCUUGAAUAAUCAAGACUUUGAUUGUAAAAUCAAAGCAAUUAAGUGUUUUCUAUUUCCAAAUUGAUUUUAUUUUCUGUAUGAAUUAGAGAAAAUAUUCGCACAUUACAAUUUUCAUAUUUCAAACUUGAAAUUCACUACAUAAAUUAGAAAGGAAAUGAAAUUUCUGUUUUUCAUAAAAAUUUUCAUAAGAUUUCAUUUUCAAUCUACUUAUAUAUAAGACACUUGUGUCUUAGUUAUUUCAUGGGCAAAUAGAUCCCCUUUCAGAGGAAACAAAAGAGAAUUUUGUAUAGCAAUAUGGUCGUACAAUAGAUCUCCAAUUAAUUCAGAUAAUUCUGAUCCAAACACACUAUGCUAUAACUUACCUUGAAUGGGCGUUCGAAUUGACGGUCAGGUUGUCUAAAUCACUAUUCAUUUGCGGCGGUUGUUAUCCCCUAAACAAUAGAAUCUCGAUAAUCCGACACCUAAUAAUCUGUCAUUGACGAACGAUUCAAUCGGUGAUCUAUCAGUUCUAUCCUUUGUCAACUCGCUGGAAAAUACGAUUGUAUACCAUUGAAUUUCUGAACACUAUAAAAUUAGAAAUUUACUUAAAGGAAGAAAAGGAAAUCAAGGGAAAGGUAUCGUUGACCUUUCGAUAUAAUUCAAGGCUGGAAACCGGAAGAUCCACGGUAUUAAUCGAGAUCGGUAUCGAGCCGUUCGACUUGCAUCGAACGCAAGAAGCUGAGGUGUAGGUCACACGGAAAUACCCUUUCCUUCGUCUCGUUUCUGAGACGUGGAAGCUCGUCGGAAACUACUCGUCGUACAUCGACGACGGGGCUUACCCGUCUCUGAUCGACCCCUCGAGCUCGUUAUAUCAGGAAAUGGAACGGGGGUCUUCUCGUCGAGACUCCGAGCCACGGAUGAGAUUCUCUCUCAUGAACGGAGCACCGGGUGUAAUGCAAAUUGCAACUUCCGGAUAAGCUCACGGGAUACGGUUGAUUUUGCGAUUGUGAUCAAAAAAUAUUUCACUAAAUUAAAAAAAACUAAUAGGGCAACGUACAUGGUUAUUUAAUGCAAAAUUAUAUUAAAAUUGUGGCUUCCUCCAGGGUCCGUCUUGGGGCGGCCUUUCUCCAUGGUCCGCCGUCCAAAAAUUAAAAACGCAUUAUACAUGUAUUUCUUACUUUUUUAAGAGCACUUGAUCACUUGGAUUCUUUAGAAAAUUAUUAUUUAUUUACUUAAGAUUGAAUACUUGGUUAAAUUAUAAAUUAUUUUUGAUUUUUCUAAAAUAUGUGCACUUUAUUUAUCUUCAAAAGAUUGUAAAUUCUUGUAAGAACAGAAAUCUUGCUUUUUUUCUUACCAAGUUAUCGGCUUAAUUCAUCGUUGUUCUGUUUAUCGAGUUCACGUUUACCCUUUCGCGUUCUCUUCCUGCAGUUUUCUCCUUCUAUUUUAGCGCAUACCUCUUCUAAGCUAUUCAUCGAAUUGCUCAAUAAGGUUUCGCAGUUGAACCUUUAGGUCAGAGGUAUUCGUCGUAGGCUUCGUGGUGCAACGACCUCCCGGGACAGAUUCAAUCUUUUCUUUUAACCCCUUUUCAACGACCUCCGUGAAAAGCGAUUGUUUUCCUUUUCAUUAGAGCCCCAUUAGUGAUUUAGGAAUUUCUCUUCGAUUCUAGGUUAUUCUUACAUGCAGAUAACAAACACUGCAUGGUUUUCCUUGAAAUUGAAAUUUUAAUAAUUGGCCAAUAGAGGGAUAAGAAAUCAUUAUUUCUGGAAUCUUUUCUAAUUUUAUUUAUUCCUGUUUAUUUCUGACAAUGGUAUCUAAAGUUUUCCAAAAUAUUCCACUAUUUAUUUCAAAAGGUUCUUAAUUUCUUAAAAGAGGAUUCAACCCUUACAAAUAUUAAACAAACAUUUAUAUUUCUACUAAAAUUAAAUUUAUCCCACACCACUGAAAUUUUUAUAAAUAAUAAAAAAAAAUAAAAUUUCAUCAUAGAAGAAAUAAAAAAAUCCCUCUUGCUAGGUAAUAAGAAAUUUUACAAGGAAAUGCUCUGGCAGAGGAACCCCUAGGUAGCCAGUCAGCCUCUUUUCACCCCUGAUGUUUACCACAUCCUGGAUAGUAAAAAUCGUAGGACUUUUAGCGGGAUCCUCGUAAAGUUCUAAGAGGUGGAUUUAACUUAACGAAGCUUCGCGAUAUUCAGACCGCAGUAGCUCGUAAAUUUCCCCAGGACAGAUAAAACUUGACUUACUCGAAGAAAGGAGAACCGAUGUUCUCUUUUCCCUCGAAUCGCAGAAAUUUUCUCCGGUUAUCGUGACGCGAAUGCGUGAAUCGUAGAUUCAACAAAUUUCGUUGAGUUUAACAGCGAAUUGGCUUCUCGUGCUUAAUCUAUUAUGAUAUAAUGCCCGCCCAGCGGCCUUUGCUACGUAAUAAUAGAUUUAUGGAAAGCCAAAGUAGUGGCUUUUCAUUGUGAAAGGAUUUAAUAUUGUCCUCCUGAAUAGUUCAGUAGAUUUACGACGAGGACAAAGUAGGAUACUGUUAUUAUAGGGGGUACAAAUUAAUUCUGUGCCCUUUCUCAUUUUUAAUUAGAACUUCGAUUAUUAAAAUAAUUUUUAUAUACACUUUUUGAACAUACAAAAGCGAGGGGAAAUUAGUCAAAUUUAAAAUGGCAAUUAAAAAGGUGUAGAUUUAUCAAUUUUUAAUACAAAAUUUAUUGGCAUUUUCAGCUUAGACAAAUUUGAGAAUUUUUAUUAUGUUUUAUAAAGUUUGGUAAAAUUCACUCGGAUUAAUUCCCCGUAGGAAUUAUAAACUUAGUACAGAUUGAAAAAGUUAAAUUAUUCGAUUAAACGUUUCCAAUUUGACGCGACAGCGAGCUUGUUUACAAAAUCAUUAAAUAGAAACGGCGACGAGGAAGAUUGCGAUACGACAGAAAACUCAUACACCGCGUCGGCGAAGGAUUGAGACUCACCGUGGUGGUGGUAUCUUAAAAUUGCGACGAGCUUGGCGGAAUUCAAUAAACAGGAGAUUUCGUAUGUGUGUCUGCAUAAGAAGUACUCUGCUUGCUUGGUACUCGUAAAAAAAACUCGUAAAGAUCUCAUAAGGAUAUCGAAACACGUUUCUCACAUACAUAUUUCAACUACAAUUUCCGCGACGAAAGAUAUGAUGAAUCUGCGUGAAUAUUGAAUCUCCAUUUUGGAAUUUAAAUAUUCUUUUUUUAACGCAGCAAUCUCGUUAUUCCACUUUGGGAAUAAUAUUUUUAUUUUUCAAAGUUAAUUAAUGCUGAGUGAAUAUAAUUAAAUAAUUGAAAGAAAUUAAAGGAAACAGAGAGUAUUUUGUUACACGUGUGCUAUGAUACGUGUACAUCGGUAGAAUAGAGAAAUAAGUGAGCCGGAAACGAAACGAGGAAGUUAUCCCAGGAUUCCCAGUAAUGUAGUCUUUUUCCGGUGAAAGGAUGAACAGAAGCGUACGUGCACGAUGGAAGAAGAAGAUUCUUAGUAAGAAAAGUCUUUCUCUUGAGAGGAAGAGCAAACGAGAGAUAUACACGAUGUUCUGGAAAUCAGAGAUUCUUUGAAUAAAGGAUGUUCUUUAAAUCUGGGUUUAAUUAGCUUUACUAUAUUAUAAUUGAUCUGGUCGAUAAUCGAUUCCUUGGAUCAAAUAUUUUUGAAUGAAAUAUGUAAGAAGAUGAUGAUUCAUAUGAAAGCGUAUUUUAUAUUAAAAAUAUAAAUUUCCAAGAGGAGCUCUCCAUAUAUUAGCCACUAUAUAGAAGAUUGCAAAUCCAAAGAUCCUCAGUUCAAAUCCCGGUUCCCUAAUUUUUUUUUUUUAUUCUAAAAAUUAAUCUUCUUUUAAUUAUUUCAUUAAUUAUAUUGCACUUAUUAUAAAAUUCAAUUUUUUAAAAUUAUCCAUUAUGUGUUGUUAAUAUUUUUUAAACAAUUAGACCUCUGCCCUCAAAAUAGAGUUAUAGAUGUAUUUAGCUUGACAAGUUCUAUAAGAUAGCAUAUUUUCAUUAAUAAAAAACUAAUAAAAAAUGAAACUUCUAAACAAAACUAUUUCACAAGAAAAAUUAUGAAAGAAAAUGGGUUUUAAUGAUAUGAAUUUUUAAAAUGUUCUGAAAAAUAUUACUUCGUCCUAGAAAGCUUAAAUAUAAAAAAAUGUCACAUUUUCGAAAAAGUUUAAGCUAAAUGGCUUUCAAAAAGGUCAACGAAAACAUAAAUCUGAAAGCUUCGUAAAGCUUUCCAUCAGAAAGUUUAGCCAUCCUCGACGAGUGAAGAGAAGGGAUUGUCCGCGAAGAAGUCGAUUUAUCGAAGGUUGUUCGAUCGUGCAUCGCAUUAGGCUUCCUCCAGGAUGCAAAUCCUCUUUGCCGGAAGUAAAGGGGUCCGUAAUUGGGAGAUGAACGUGUUACCCUUGCUCCGGCAAGAUUGAUGAUCACCGUUCCGACGAAAAGACGAACGAAGCCAGCUUCUACGAAACGAUGAAGACUCGUCUCGUUUCAACGACCUACUUCUUUUCAACCUACCGGGAAAAUCAUCUUGUUGAUCCGACUAGAGAGAAAAGUAUCACGCCUUUAUUUCGCCCGUUUCGCCGAUAAUUCGUCGGUGCUUAUUUGUCAAUAACACGGAAGCGAAACGAUUCGAGAAACCUCCGGUUUCCACGCGUUCGAGCGUUAAAAAGAAAAGAAAAAUAGAAAAUCGAACACCAUUGCUGGCGAAGCAGGUAAAGCUGUAAAAGAAUUUUAAUUAAUAAUGGGGGUUGGAUAUUUCAUUUCAAGAGGUAGGGAAGCAAAAUCAAUUUUUUAGUUAUUAAAAAUUAUCGAUCCAUGGCUCUUUUAUAUUUUGUUCCUUUGAUGCAAAAAUAAUUGAUGCCUUUGUUAUUUCAAACUCUGAUUCCUAUUUUAAAAUAAACUUUUAUUAAAAGGGUUCUUAUAUCCCAUGAAACUGAAGAUUUCAGAAAAAUGUUUGAAAAUACAUCCAAAUAUUUAUUCAAUCCCUAUAAAUAAACAGAAAUGGGGGUGUAUGUUUCCGAGUCUAUUUCACUAUGUUUUCGUUGCACUGUUUUUUCGGUUUCACUUAAUUAAAACUGAGCCUUCGGCCAUGAGUGUGUGUUAAUGAAUACCAGGUAAAAAAAAAUAACAAAACAAUCCCAGGGUUGUUUCACAAAUGUCUCAGUUAAUUGAAAAUUUCUAGACUAUUUUCAUAAUAGCGAUCAGGGUAUGAAUAAUUUUGGGGAACGUUUGAAUUAAUCUUCAUUUCAUCUUUGACUGAAGGAUAAUUGAAGGAAAACAUUCUGUUCGUUAAUCGAGUGUCCAUGGUAUAAACUCGCUCACAGGACUGAAAGCGACCAGUCCUAUCUUGGCCUUGCAACCACUCUGAUGAAUAAAACAGGACAGUUACGCAAAGGAAAUCAUACCGACUAGUCCUUAACCUCAUCCUCCCUACUUCCUCGACCGUUGUUCUUUCUUCUCUGUUUCGCUGACUUCGCCCUUCUGUUUCUCUAUCUUCUUCGAGCUCUGUGAUCGUUGAAAGGCUGAAAGAACUUUCUACUUCGUGGAUAGCCUUCUGAUGAAGCAGCAGGGUCCGGCAAAGGAAUAGCAAAAGGAGAAUGAAUGGCCGGGAACAAGGAUGAAGGACCGAGUCGAACCCUCUUUAGAUUAUGGAUUCAACGGACUUGUCGAUUUUAGUCUCUGGAAAUACUAUGAAUGUUGAUGGUGGGUGCUAUUAACUUGGGUGCUGGAUUCAUUGUAGGUUAGCAUUUGCAAUUGGAAAUUUAGGAAAAUUUGAUUUUGGGAUUGGAAAAUUGGGAAAAUUUGGAUUUGGGAAAAAUUAUAAUUUAAGAAGUGAAUUUAGAAGUGAUAAUUUGGGGAAAAUUUGGGUUUGGUAUUGGAAAAUACAUGAGAGUUAGGAUUUGAGGGUUGAAAAUUUGGAAAAUUGGAAAGACAAGUUUUGGGACUGGAAAUUCGAGGAAAAUUUGCAUUUGAAAUUCCAGUAAUAAUUCUAAUUAAUAAUUAGUACUGAUUGCCACAGUAGAAAAGGCUACACAUAGUCAGACACCCCAAAGUGACCCUCAUCUAUUAAUACUAAUAUCAUAAACUUUUCUUCGACGAACAACCAAAAUCUAUAACAACAAUCGAAGUUGAACUAACCUUUUCUAAUCAGCGUUAUUACAAGCUGCACAUUCACUUUGAAUCAUCAUAGACUGUAGGAACAGAGUUUCUCUUUGCUUCUUAUUUCCAUUUCGCUCUUUAUCUGCCGUCUGAUCAUUGAAAGGCCGGAAAAGCUUUCCUCUUUUCGACGAAUAGAAAGUAUCCUUCGGUCGAGAGGAAAGAAAUUGGCGACCUGGAACACGAUGGAGAGGAAACUGAUGGAAUAAGGACACGUACACCGGAAGUGGUGUUGGGAGAAUACCAAGGCAACGUUGCAUCGACUGAAACAAAGUAUCCUAGCUAAAGGUAUCGAAACUCGAAGAUGAUAGAAGGAUUUCCGAUCGUACUGCUUCUUUUUCUUGAAAAUAUAGCCAGGUGAAAUGCAGAUUUUUGCUUGGUCACAUCUGUCUACGGAUUUUAACGAAUGAAAGAUGAGAUCUCGAAGGGAAAUGAGAACAGAUUUCGUUUUCUUCUCUCGUGGUUGAAGAUUGAUGAGCUCCUUUGAAAGAACUGAUCGUGUGGAGUAAUUGAAGACGAAUUUCAAGUUGAUUUAUGUUGGUUACAAUUUUAAAAUCGUUAUUAUUCGCAGAGAUUUUUAAUAAGGUAAAUGAUGAUCCGGAUAAGGGUAGAAUCUAAAACGUUCUCCUGAUUGAGAAUUAUUACUUGGUCUCUGAGUCUUAAUUUUAAUUUUAAUUUCUUUACAUAAUUUCUGAAAAAUACAAUUUGCAAAAUAACGGAACGUUCUUCUAGUAACAAUUAAAUUUACACCUUCAAAAUCAAAAUAAUUGAAGAGAAUCGUUUCAACUUCUAAGCACGUUCAAGAGUAUCGAUUGGAAUAGUAUUUUUUUAUUUUUUUUGCAACACGUAUCAGAAUAAGUAGCGAUAUCUUUUUCGAGUGUUUGCGGAGUACCUUGCUUCCAGGAAAUUGUUCAAUCGUUCGAUCGAACGAAUCAAGCUUUUAUCUAUCGAUAUCGCCUCGAAUGGUAUGUCUUCGGAUUUAAGAAAGAACAAGGGAGAAAGAGAGAGAGGAAAAGGGAGAUUUCAAGAACAUUCUGUGUAAGAAAUAUAGAAGAAAAUAAUGGCCCCGUACGAAGAAUAACCUGUGGUAAAUUGGAAUCGACCGAUCAGCCUCGCCAAUCCUUCGAAUGCUCUACUUUCCUAUAUAUAAAACCAUAAUUGAACGUUGAGAAAAAUUUUCUUUUAGUCUCUGACUUUACUCCAUGAUAUGUUUAAAUUAGUUUCGGUAUUGUUUGAUUUUAAAUGUGAUAAAUAUUUGUCCAAUUUUUGGCAACGUAGGAUACAUAAUACAUAGUAGGGUGGGACAGUUUAAAUGUCACGUAUCUAAUCUCCUAAUGUCACUUACACAAAUAUAAAUAUCCUAUGAAAUUUUAAGUGACAUAAAAUCUUUAAUAACAGUAGGUUCAAAGCUUCAAAUAACAUGGGAUCUAUAAAAUUUCACAUGGCAUAGAGUGCACAGGAGUAGGGUGACUUAGGUUGACAUAGGAGAUACAGAACUUCUAAUAACAUAAGGCACAUUGUUUCAGAUGGUAUGGAAUCUUAAACAUCAAAUACAAGACUUCCAAUGGCACAGGACACGUAGAAACUCAGAUGACAUAAAUCAGACCCUGCCAGGGUGACUAAGACUGUCAUAGGACAUACAAAAUCCCUCAUAGCUUAAAGCAUACAAUCUCAAAUAGUUCAGAAUUUCAAGUGUCACAAAGUACAAGACCUUCACGAGUUAUAAUACCCAUAAAAUCUUGGAUCACAUAAGGUAGACAAUACUAGGAUGACUUAGGCUCUCAUAGGACAUACAACAUCUCCAGUAUCAGAAGGCGUAUAGCCCUACAUGGCAUAGAAUCUCAGUUAUCAAAAAGUACACGUCUUCCAUUGCCAUUAAACUCAUCAACAUUUGCAUGACAUAGAGUAAAUAAUACCUAGAUGACCUGGCCUUUCAUAGGACAUACAAAAUCUCCAGUAACAGAAAGCACACAGUCCCAAAUGGCAUAGAACCUCCACUGUCAAAAAGUACAAGACUCCUACUGCCAUUAGACACAACAAAUUUCAGAUGGCACAGAAUAGACAAUGCCAGGAUGACUUAGAUUCUCAUAGGACAUACGAAAUCUUCAGUAGCUCAAGACACAUAAUCCCAAAUGGCAUAGAAUCUUCAUUGCCAAAAAGUACAAGACUUUCAUUACCAUUAGAAUCAUCCAAUUUUGUAUGGCAUACAGUAGACAAUGCCAGGAUGACUUAGGCUCUCCUAGGACAUACCAGAUCUCCACUAGCACAACACUUCCAUGGGUCAUAGGGCACACAAAAUGGCAUAUGGCAGAGUGUGCCAGGGUGAGACAGUUCUGCCCUGUCUCACCCUAUGCUCCCCAUUCAGGUGCAUCCUAGGUCCUGGCUAGAGUGGCAGCUGUCGUUAGGAAGGUGGCGCGGUAGCAAAGUGACGAUGGACCCGUACGAAAAGUGGCCCGCGACAAAGACGAGGUACCUGGUACCGAUGCUAAAUCGUGCGACGAUGCAGUGAUCGUAGUGAUCGACCGAGUGGACGAUGCAUCACUCCGGUGGUACCGGUUACGGAACCGGACCCCAGGAGCGGGUGCACCAGGCACCGCGAACUGGUGGUCAACCUGACAAGUGUCCCUACGAGACCUACCAGGCGCAGAUACCGGAUUGCUGUGCAGCUGCAGCUGCGGUACAGGACCCGUAUCCACGGCCACCGAGCGGAUACGAUGGCAGGUGCUACGACGAGUGUCAUCGCAGGACACCCUAUCAGGAGGACGCCUAUACCCAGGAUGUGCCCCCGAGUUUCCAUCGGCCCCAGUCCAGACUGGGAUUCGAGGAGCGUCCCCAAUCUCGUGUGGGAUAUACCUCGGAUUCCAGGUGUGCCAGUGGACUCGGUUACGACGACACGGGUGGUGGAUACCUGGACCAGAGUGAUCCGAGGAUGUAUUGCACCAGCGGUUAUUGCAUGGGGGAUACCAUGAUGGCCACGAGCCGAGGUGUCUGUGGCGAAGAGGUUGAGCUAGACAUGCGGAGGCACAUCCAAGCAUGUGCCUGCACCUGCAACCACAUGGGCUACGGGAAUUACAUGGACUAUCAGACGACGUGCCUAACAGAACUGCCAGACGUGGCACCGUGCAACGGCACAGUGCGACUACCACCGCCAUGCGAGGACUCGCCAAGCAGCGGAAGUAGCAAGGAUCGCAGAGAAGAGAGUCCUCGUAGAAGAUGCCGUGUAUUGGCGCCAAUUUUACUCCUAGUCGCGGCUCUGCUUCUCGGAGGGCUUUGUCUACCAUUGCUUCUACAAUCCGCGCCUGUCACGCAUCAGCAGAGGCUGGACGUGAUCAGGAGGAUCCUCACUGAAGUGCCUCUGAUCGAUGGGCACAACGAUUUGCCCUGGAACGUCAGAAAGUUCGUACACAAUCAACUCGGCGAGGUGAAUCUGAGCAGCGAUCUCGGCAGAGUUGAUCCCUGGGCUAGAUCAGACUGGAGUCACACAGACAUUCCUAGAUUACGUGCUGGUCUCGUCGGUGCACAGUUCUGGUCUGCCUACGUUCCAUGCGGUGCAGCACAGUUGAAUGCUGUUCAACUUUCCUUGGAACAGAUCGACGUGAUCCGCCGACUCGCCGAGAUGAAUGCUCAACAUUUAACUUUGGUUACCUCCGUCAAAGGUCUUAUCGAGGCGCAUAGAGAAGGCAAAAUCGCAAGUCUUAUCGGGGUUGAAGGUGGUCACUCCCUAGGGAAUUCCUUGGGUGUUCUCAGGACAUUUUACGGCCUGGGCGCGAGAUACCUUACCUUGACACAUGCCUGCGAUACCUCCUGGGCAGUCUGUUCAGUUGGCGAGACGAACAGUACCCAGGAUUCGACGCCAGGUCUUAGCGAAUUCGGCAAGGCAGUUGUCAGGGAGCUAAACAGACUGGGAAUGUUAGUGGAUCUUUCUCAUGUCUCAACAAGAACAAUGAGGGCGGCCCUGCAGACGACGAGGGCACCGGUGAUUUUCUCUCACAGUGCUGCCAGGGCACUCUGCAAUUCCACUAGAAACGUGCCAGACGACGUGCUUAGAAAUCUGGCUAAAAACGGCGGAGUGGCGAUGGUUCCAUUUUAUACAUACUUCAUAACGUGCAACAGCACGGCCACCAUAAAAGACGUCAUUGCACACAUCAAUCACAUUCGAAAGGUGGCCGGGAUCGAUCACGUUGGAAUAGGAGCUGGAUUCGACGGGAUAAAUUUUACUCCUACCGGAUUGGAGGACGUUUCGAGGUAUCCACAACUGUUGGCCACCCUACUCGAGGAUCCAACAUGGACCGAGGAGGAUAUUAAAAAAUUAGCUGGCCUCAAUUUGCUGAGGGUAUUUGCUAAAGUCGAGCAGGUACGGGACGAAUGGCACAGAGCUGCAGUAUUGCCAGUGGAAAAGAUCAGUCCUCCUGACAACUCAGCCUGCGUCUACGGAGCGUCUUGAUCUUCUGCGAGGACAUUCGCAGCAGGAUUCAUCGAUUUUGCACGAUCGCCGAAGAUUCGACACGUAUCACGGAACUAUAGAACCCUGUAAACGUGCGGGCCUGGAUCAACUGAACGAUCGUUUUCCCCCGACAACAUCUUCUCCCAGCAUUCCAAGGGGGGGAAAUGUCGAUCGCGCCUUAUGAGAAAUGAAAAAUUAAACGAGAAUGUAUGAAUCGUCUGUGAAAACUGAUCACCUCGAGCGGAAACGAUCAUCUUCGGGACAAGUUCAAUUCUCCUGAUCAUUCUUUAUCCUUCAAUAUAUAGAACCACCAGCUUUGCAAUUCUAUUUCUCAACGAGUACAAUAUCUACAAGCUAUACAACGUGAUAAUUAAUUUGCUGCUCUUUAAACAGCUGGCUACGUCCGUCCAUGUUUUCAACUUACCAAUAGAAAUAUUUUGAUUUAUUCCAUUUUCUUUUUCAAUUUGCUGCUUAUCUAUGCAUAAAUCUAUUUUUCUUUUUUUUUUAUAUUUUAGGUUUGUUUCUGCAGAAAUGAACUGAUCCUGAAGAUGUAUGAAGAAAUACUAAUAAAAAAGCGUUCCUGAAUGAAUAACUUAUAACGAUGCGGACAAUCGAGACGGGCAGAAAAAGCUGAAGAAUAUUCGUAAGAAAAUAUAAGAGACAGAUGUCUGACAGAAUUCGAUGAACGGUUUUUCGAAACGUGUAAGGUCAUUCGGUUAAAUUUCGUUUCCUGAUUUUAAUGCAUGAAUUACGGGAUACGAUAAUCGUACUAAUUAGACUAACCAUAGACGAAUUUCCUGAAUAUUAACGUUAGAUAAAAGAAGAAACGUGUGUUCGUUUUGAGAAAUUGUAUCCUUGAAGAAGCAAACGAUUAUUUGAAUGCUUGCUCCGAAAUAGUGUCAAAUUAUCAAGUGCGCUUAAGACCAAGGAAUUAAAAAAAAAAAGAAAUGAAUAAAAAUGAAUAGGAGGACGAGAAGGGAACGAGAGUUUUGUAACAUUUCAUGGAAACCAAUGUUCAUUUUGAGCUUCUAAAAUUCGUCGUUGAAAGACCAUUUGAAAGACUUGUUCGCCAUUUAUUAUGUCUUCGACUGAUAUCCUAAACUGUUCUUAUAGAGUUUAUUAUAACGAGGCUUGUAUUACGCGUGCAUGAUGCAGUUAUUUCACACCGAUGCUUGUUCAUUUGUUAGAAUUGUCCGGAUAAAUCGUGUAUUCGAAUAUCCAUAAGUUUAUUAAAUAUUUAUUAAAAGAUAUUAAAAUUUUUUACACACAUUUAUUAAAUUAAUUAAUUUUCAUUGAAGAUAAAAAGCUGUAAGUUAUUUCUUUCUUCAAUAAAUUUUUGAAAAAUUUAUUAUUUCCAAAAUGGAUAUUCGAAUACGACAUAAAGCACCAAGAAUUCGGAUAAACUGGCAGAUAUUAAUUACGCUCACCAAUGUUAAACACUGCCAAGCCACUUUAUACCAGAACUAUAAUUGCCAAAAUCCCUUUUCGAUAUAGUAGUGGAAACGUAGCAAUAAACCUUUAGUCGGUAAAUGAAAACCAACAGCUCGAAGAUGAAAGCAUGUAGGGCAUACUUCUACAUAUCUAGAAAAGGGAACCCUUCCAAGCGUAACUUACCCCCUUGUCUUUCUUUAAAAUUAUCUAUUUAAUCGUUCGGGUGCCAAAACAGAGAAGGAGAAAGAGAGAGAUAUUGUACAUAAAUCUUCCUUGGAAAACUUUCACUUCGCAUGUACCAUUUGAAAUUUCCAUUAAAAUCCGACUAUUUCACAAAUACGAUUUAGAUUGUAAUCGAGGGUGACUCAAGGCAAGGGGUUAAUUAGAUAACUGAAAAGGAAAUCCAGUUUGCCAAUCGAACGUCGUCACGCUAAAUUCGCCUAAAUCAGAUAUCAAAGCAAUUUCUUGGGAUAAAACAUCAACAGUCUGACAAAAUUUCAUGACAUAAAAGUAUUGCAAAAUAGCACUUAUGAUACAUCAAAUUUAAGCUUAAAGCUUACUAAAAGUGACUACAUAAAGGACUCAUCAAAAUUCUUGAGAAAAAAUGAAUGGCUGCCAGUUGUAGCAAGUAGUGAUCAAUUUUGAAACACGUGGAAGUCCAAUACAAUUUGAUGACAUAAAAGUAUUUCAAAAUAGCACUUAUGAUACAUCAAUUUCAAGCUUAAAGUCUAACAAAACUGGCUAUAUAAAUCCCCCGUUGAUAUUCUUAACACAAAAUGAUUAAUUCUGGAUCGCAACGUACAGUGUUGUGUUAAGUAAUCCACUUUCAAAGCUUCAAAAUUCUAAGAUAAUUUCAUGCUAUCUGUGAAAGCUUUAUAUAGUCAUUUUUAAUAAAUUUUAAGCUUUAAUUUGAUAUACUAUAAGUGCAGAUUGUUUAUUUAAAUUACAAUAGAAACAAUAUCCCAAGGAAUUACUUUAUUGCUCUUUCGAUCAUGAAGGCCAGGAAAUUAGAGCGAGAAUGAAACAACAUCGAAUCAAUUGCUGUAGAAGCAUUGUAAACAAACACAAUGCUUAUGUGCGUGAAAUAUUCCGAAGGAAUUUCCUUAGGCGUUUGCUCGACGAAGAGAGACAUUCUCGCAGCGUCUGUUUGUUUCUUUCGUAAGCGACCUUUUUCCAUUUCGACUUUGUAAUAUCACGAUAAUUAAUCACGGAUAGAUAACGAACGAAGCGAAAUAUUAAUCAACAAGUUGAUGAUACACAAAAGUAAAAAAAAAAAAGGGAACGAUUGAAAGCGUGAACUAGCGUAGACUGUCCUAGCUUGUACGAAACAAUUUCGAAACUUUUCUUACUUUUUUCUGACGUGGGGAACGCGUGCGAGAAAUUUUUAGGUACCUGUAAUUUAACAUUGUUAACGACUAUACAUAUAUAUAUAUAUUAUAUACAUAUAUAUUAUAUAAAUGAAACCAAGGCGCCUUCGACGAUUCGUAGCACCAUUCUACGUAACUUUCGAUAGAAAAUUAAUCCGUGUAAUGAAUCAAUUAACCAAUCGUCAUUCCGUGAAUCAAUAUUUUGUAACAUUUUAUAAAUUCCUGUCGUCGAUCGAAUAUAAAUGUUACAAAGUAUUGGUUUGCAUGCCGAUCGAAUUCUUGGUAAUGAUUUUGCACGAUGCGAAAGGUCUUGAGUACGAUCGUUAGUGGAAGCUUUUUUCCUCGAAGUGAAACAAAAGAAAUAAAACAAAUGAUACGUACGCUUGCGUUUUCCUCGACGAUGGUAUGGAUCACAAAGGCGGAUCGACGAGCUGAAUAAAAAAUAAACCGUAGCGAGACAGCAGGAUACUGUUGAAUGAACUCUUAGCAGCAAUAACACUGAUAAACGCCACGUAGUGAAUGAUUAAUUAGCGUAAAAGACCAAUAGGACGAUAUUUCACGAUUUCUAAUUCGUAAAGAGUAAGUCUAGCACGUUAAACAAAGUAAAAAAAAAAAAAAAA